AUGCGCAAAUCCGCCCUCCGCCACGAGCUAAUGGUUAGCAUUAGUUGCUUCGGUUGCCGACUCACUCACUGCACGACUGAUGUCGGCAACGUUCAUCAAGGUUUUUUUUUUAUUUGACGCUAAAAGCGGAGAACUGACUGCAAAAGUACCAAUAUAUGUACACGCACAGGUGGAGGUCUGUGUGAUAAGAGUGGAGGCACAAUGCUGAACGCCACAAACGGCGACCCCGGCCAUGUUGUUGUAAAUUAUGUGGAAGAGUACUUGGACUUGGUGGAAUCACUGCCCUUUGAUUUGCAGAGAAGUGUGUCCGUCUUGAAGGAAAUUGAUGCCAGAUAUCAAGAUGUUCUGAAGGAACUCGAGGAUGCCUACGAACGGUAUCGCAAAGAAUCGGACACUCCCCAAAGACGCAAACUGCAGUUGUCUAUCCAGAGGGCGCUGAUCCGGAUUCAGGAGCUCGGAGAUGAGAAGAUUCAGAUUGCUGGACAAAUGGUGGAGUUGGUGGAGAAUCGAACCCGGCAGUUAGACUGGCAUUCCCAACUCCUUCACUCCUCCCAAGAAGCUCCAGAGAGCCAGAUUGCCACGCCAACAUCCUUGGCAACCGCGGCGGCGUCCAUGAUCACAUCAUCCUCGUCUUCGUCCUCCGCCACCCCGAGCAAAACGGGCCACCACGACAAGAAACGCGAAGAGGUCACGCCGAGCUCAGCAGGGGGAGACAAGGCUAGCGGCAAACGCUCCAGGAGGCAGAAAAAUGGCGAGAGCAGGGAGAGCUACGGCGGCCUGGAGACCGGAGAGGACAUUGGCGCCGGAGCGUCCCGUGAGAAGAGAGCAAAAACGUCAUCCAAGAAGAAAAAGAGGUCCAAGGGGAAGUCGGAGCGGGAGGUGUCACCACCGGACCUGCCCAUCGACCCUGACGAGCCCACGUACUGCCUGUGCGAGCAGGUGUCCUACGGCGAGAUGAUCGGCUGCGACAAUGACGAGUGUCCCAUUGAGUGGUUCCACUUCUCCUGCGUCGGUCUCCAUCACAAGCCCAAGGGCAAGUGGUACUGUCCCAAGUGUCGUGGCGAGAACGAGAAGACCAUGGACAAAGCCUUGGAAAGAGCUAAGAAGGAGCGGGCAUACAACAGGUAGCUUGACCACAGCGGUGCAAGAACACUUCGACAUUUGAAGUAUUGUUAUUACGACUAGGAUUUGUCCAUUGUUACUGAAUAGUUUUGUAAAUAGUUAUUUUUCUAAGACUGCCCUCACACUUGUCAGGGCAUUGUUCUGAAGCAGGGGUGGGGGACUGAGCAUUUGUGGAGUCACAGUUUUAACGGUUCUUUAGAGGUGUUAUUUGUUUCGAUAGUGACAAGGUGGAUCCAAUGCUCACAGGUUCCUCACCCUUGUACAAUGGGCAUGUUCAUAAGCAGAUAUCCUGCACUUGUCCAUCUUGUUACCACAUGCAUGCUGCAUCUCCCAUUCAACUGUGUCCAGUUAACAAAUAAACCACCGUUGGAUCAA